AUGGUCGCUACUAUCAAGAAGUACAAGGCUGCUGCCGUCAAUGCCGAGCCCGGAUGGCUCAACCUUGAGCUCUCUGUCCAGAAGACCAUCCACUGGAUCGACGAGGCUGGUCAGAACGGCUGCAAGCUCAUUGCCUUCCCUGAACUCUGGAUCCCCGGUUACCCAUACUGGAUGUGGCGUGUAAACUACCAGGAGUCUCUCCCGCUCCUAAAGAAGUACCGCGAGAACAGUCUACCUAGUGAUAGCCCUGAUAUGCACCGUAUCCGUGCUGCUGCAAAGGAAAACGGUAUCUUUGUAUCCUUGGGCUACUCGGAAGUCGACUUGAACUCUCUCUACACCACUCAGGUCUUGAUCUCUCCCACCGGUGACGUCCUGAACCACCGUCGCAAGAUCCGCGCCACCCACGUCGAGAGACUUGUCUUUGGAGAUGGUACAGGCGACACCACCGAAUCAGUCGUCGACACAGAAAUCGGCCGCAUCGGCCACCUAAACUGCUGGGAAAACAUGAACCCAUUCCUAAAAGCCUAUGCCGUCUCCCGCGGCGAACAAGUACAUAUUGCAGGCUGGCCUCUUUAUCCCCACGCCACCACUCUCAAGUACCCAGAUCCUUACACCAACAUCUCGGACGCAAACGCCGAUAUCGUCACCCCUGCUUAUGCUAUAGAGACUGCUUCAUUCACUCUUGCUCCUUUCCAAAUGAUUUCAAAGGAAGGAGUAGCUCUGCAAACACCCCCCGGUAAAGAAUGCGAAGACCACAGAAUCUACAACGGCAACACUAGAAUCUACGGUCCUGAUGGACAGAGCUUAAUCACAAAGCCCACCGAAGAAUUCGAAGGCUUGGUUUACGUCGACAUUGAUCUUGACGAGACACAUCUCAGUAAAGCACUGAAUGACUUUGGAGGUCAUUAUAUGCGUCCAGACCUUUUGCGUCUUGUGGUUGAUACCGAUCGUAAGAGUUUGAUCAACAGGGUUGAUGGUAGUGGUAAAUUUGUUGUCGAAAAGACCAUUGAUCGUGUUGGAUUGAGUGUACCGUUUAAGGAUUUGCCUAUUGCGAAGAAGGGUGAUGGAAAUCCUACUCUUGCUGAGCAGGACAAGAAAUAG